AUGUCCACACACCGGGCAAUGAAGGUCGAAAGGUUCAUGCCCCGGGUCCGUUCUUGGGAAGACAUCCUCUUUGGUCGCCCCAUAACUGUCGUCAGUGCCGACCAAGAGCCUGGUCUCCUCCGUAUCCGAGCCAGUCACAGCUCGAUCUCGAGCAUCAUCCGCAAUCUCGAUCACUUCAUCAUCGCUAUUCGGAUUGAAAUCUUGCGGUACCAAGCCCUCGAUUUGGACCCGUAG